AAACCACAGCAUGUACACAUUGACGUUUCGGUCAACAAUUGUUUGUUUUUGUGAUGAACCAGUUUUGGAGGAGAUUUAUCUUUCUAAAAUGAAUACAUUCUGUUCAACAAUGGGAUAUUUUUUAUUUUUUGUCUGACUGCGCUGUGAUGUUUUAAUUUAAUGUUUUUUGCAAAUAAAAUCAAAAGUCAUUAAAAAUUAUCGGAAAUGUACAGGUUCGGAGUCAACUCAAUGAACGAUGCAAGUAAUAGAGAAAAACUUGGUCAUUUUGAAUUUGAUGGAAAACAAUUUUGGAUUUUAAUCAACUCGGAUGAAAAUAUCGUUAAUUUUUAUUAUUUAACAAUUGUUUUGAAUAUUUAUUGUGUUUAUUGCAUUGUUUCAAUCGGUGCCAAUUGAAUAUAUUGCAUGUAUUGUACAUUGUGCCAAUUCAAUCAGGCAUUUUGAUCACGUCAAAAAAUGGAAUAUGGAUCUUUUUUUUUUGAAAAUGUUCAUUUGGAGAGAAAAUAAUUCCAUUUGUGUUUGUUAAUUUGGCUCCAAUUUUCGUUUUGGUUUGCCAUUAGGUUCAAUUAAACGGAAAGGAAACAAAAAGUUUAAUUAAAAUGAAAGAAAAUUGAAAUUGCCAUUAUUAACUUGACAAUGAAUGCAAUGCAAAUGCGUCGAAAUAAUUUGAGGCUUUGAGCUGAGCCGCCAAUAUUCAACUCGUAAUUAAAUAUCGACUUUUGGUGAACAUGAUAAGAGAUAAGCCAAAAUGGUAAUUUCGUAGUAAAAAGUCAACCAAAUUAGCAAUAGUUUCCCAGCACAAGUCACUUACGAUUUGUCGUUCAGACAAUCAACCAGCUAAUUCGACACUCGGAAUCCAAUCUAUAAUUCCUGAGAAGACCAUCACAAGGCAAUCAUGUACCAACAUAGUCCUUGGUGGACCAAGGCGCUUGGAACUGGUGUCACAUUGAUCAUAAUUUUGUCCAUCGUUAUUGUGGCAUUUCAUGGCGCACUGGCUCAUGAACUACAACAUUUUGAAUCACCGUCAACGAAUCGUUGCGAAAUAAACCUUCAAGAAGCCCACGACAUUGGAAAUAUUCAAUUGACUGAUGGUGAAAAACGUGCUUGUGCCAAUGGACUCGAUUUGAAAAUACGGGAUCUAUCUCAAUUGCCACUGCUGGAUGAGUCACUGCCAAUCCGGAAACUGAAUAUCGAGCCUGAAACCGAAACUGAAAAUGACAUUGACAUUGACAUUGACAUUGAUACAUUCUACCAAAAACCAUUUGACCAAUUAACUGAAUUGCAUAUGUCGAAUGUGAUGGUGUAUGGCACGACCGAAGCGAAUAAAUCCAAUGCAAAAUUAAAAUUGCUCAGUAUUCAUCGUGAUCGUGGAAAUCGUGAUUUGAACGAAUUAAUCCACCAAUUCCCGGUGCAAUCGCUUGAAACAUUGGAUCUAUCCGCUAACUCUCUACCAAAUCAAUUGAAUCGAUUCUAUUUCGUGAACAUGACGGCACUUCGUGAAAUUCUUUUGAUCGAUUGUCAGAUUGAGCAAUUUCCGUUCGACACCUUUCACUUCGUGCGCAAUACCAUCCAACUGAUAAAUUUAACGGGAAAUCGUUUGAUAAAACUUGCGCCGGGUUUUUUGUCAACGAUUCCUGAACCAACGCUCAAUCAAUUGACCAUUCGACUCGAUAACAAUCCGUGGAUGUGUCGAUGUUUCACAGCCAGUUUAUCACAGCGACUUCUCUGCCUUGAAAAUUGUCGGCCAUCGAUUGGCGGCCGUAGUUCAAACGGCGUGAAUAAAAGGGUUGAAGCUGAUGGCGUGGUCGAGUUGCAGUGUGAAGAUUUGUCGGACAGCACGAAAACAGAAGUGGUGCUAUUGAAGAAGCAAACGCAUAACAUUACCAUCGAACCAAAGGAUGAGUUAUUGCUGAGAAUUAUGGUCACUGGUCCACCAAAUGCAUACUUGAUCUGGUACAACGAUUCGUUUGCAUUCAAUAUGGACAACGAUCAAAGGAUUGCCGAUUACAUGCACUGCAAUGAUCGGCCGAAAUUCGAGUUGGCCGUUAUCGAGAACUCGACGUACACAUUUUGUGUUUUGACAUCGAGCGAAAGUGAUGCAAUCUCACCAUUCAAUUGUGUGGCAUACUAUGUCAAUCCGAAAUCAAGCAAUUCCACCGAUCCCGAUUUGGUUUGGUUUACAAACGGACAGAAGGGGAUGGUUUAUGCCAUUGUUAUCAGUUCCAUUUUGGUGUUGAUGAUUUUUGGCAUUUUAUUGGGCAUUUUCCUAAUUCGCAAGUAUCCGCAUUUGCUCAAAGACCAUCAAUCACCGUAUUUGCUCGAUAACAGCAACCGAUUCAGCAAACGCAGCAGCUGCACUUCGUCCAGUGUGUUCAGUGUUGAAGAUAACAAUACCAUAGACUAUAUCCCAACUUAUGUGACACCGAAGAAUUUCGACUUUGUGAAGCCGCCCAAGGAGAAAGAAGUCAUCGCCUUGGAUGCAUCUCGUUUGGAAUGUGGGGAAAAGCAAAUGACCGAGAAUCACCACGAAAGCAUCAAAUUGUACUGGGACAAUACGCAAAAACUACCAACACCGCCGCCAACACCCAAUCCCAAUGGAAAUAAAAAUGAAGAGGAAAACAACUUUUCCGAUAACAACAACAAGGAAUUGGAUAAACAAAUCGAUUUGCCCAUUGACAAUCCAAACGAGGAAGGCGCCAAGAAAAUCGACUAUGCCGAAUUCGAUAAAAACCAGAAGCAAAACGAAUAGAAUCAUUUCAAUCGAGCUUGUACGAAGUGCAGAUUCAUUGUACGCUUCAAAAAAUCAAAUCUUAUUCAAUUUGUUUCAUUGUAACACUGAUGGGCACGAAUAAAAGUGUUGUACAGCAACAA